AUCGCUGCCUGCGCCACCUUGGCUCGCCAUGACGUCGGACAACCACGCGCCGGCGAACGAGCGACUUGACGGUUUUUUCGGAGGUCGAUGGUCGAUGGGUAGGCAUGACAAGGCCAAAGAAAGGGCUCACAGCUUUUUGGUGAUCAUGAGCCUUUCGACCGUGUUUCUCUUUUCCGGCACCGUCUUCGGCUGGGGCGCCUUUAGCUCGAUGCUCUUGCAGGAAGGCUACUACGACUAUCUCUGCGUCACACCGGACAAAGAUCACCCUUGCGAAAAGCAGUUGCAGGCGCUGAACAACGCCUUCACUUUGGCCACAACCUUCGUUCCCUGGCGAAGCAGGGUGUCGCUGACGGCCUUCGUGAACGGCUGGUUGGUGGAUACCUUGGGACCGACCAAGGUGACCAUCAUUUCAGGCGGUCUUGAGAUAGGCGUGAUGAACUGCCUGGGUUUGAUGGGCAUUGCCUUGACCAAAGCUUUGCCAUGGUCACACCAUGAGGCGGCUGAGGGUGGCUUCGACCUCUUCCUGUGGUCGCUACUGCUGGUGGCUGUGGGUGGCUCCAUGACGAUGUGUCCUGAACGAUUUAAGGAUCGUCCCUUGGGGUUCAUCGGAUAUCAGGCGCCUUUCCUAAUCCCCUCACACUUCACGCUGUUGAUUGAAGCUUGGCAGAUCCCGGAAGUGAACAGCUGCCUCUUUGAUGCCGGAACGAUUAUCUUUCCAGUGUUGAAGUUGCUGUACGACGUGGGCGUGCCAUUCAGUUUUUCCCUCCUCACCGUGGCCUGGGCUCUGAACGGCCGGGAGUUGGAUGGGAUCCGCCAAGCCGCCGGAGGCGCCGAAGCCAACGGCAACGACGGCAACGCGCAGAGGCAUCGACCGCUGGAGCAGAGAGGUAUGUUACAACAACUAGUGAGCUGGGAGUUCGCGGCCAUCUUCAUCUACAGCAUCAUUCAGGUGCCACGCGCCAAUAUGUACAUGGGUAGUGUCGAGCUGAUCAACCGCCACUGGGUGCUGGCGGGGGCGAAAGGGCUUGCGAAGGUGGCAGGAGUUUCGACCAUCACAGGCUUCAUCAUUCCCUUCGGCUUCCUGGCGGUUCCUCUCAUCGAGCUCUGCGUGCAUCGUCUGGGGACCAUCCCAACGGUGCAGGUCACCACCCUGCUGGGCCUCUUGUACAACGCCCCAUGGCUCUACCUGCAACUGGGCACCGUGUGUGUCUUUGCGGCCUGGAGGGCAUUUCUUUACAGCACCAUCAGCGCCUUCAACGGUGAGAUCUUUGGUGUGAAAACCAUGGGCCGCAUCAUGGGACUUUGCUUUGUCUUUUCGGGGCUCACGAAUAUGUUAACGGGGCCCAUUGUGAACGCUGCGGUGGACUCCAAUAACUUCGUGCCGUUGCUGGUGGAGGGCAUGUGUUUUUGCAUCCCUUUGCCCAUCAUCUUCCAGUUGCUUCACAUGAAGCGCUCGCGUCUCGCUGUGGACGUGGCGAGAACUCCCUUGGCGUCGUCGGUUAGAGGUUUUCCCAUCAUUUUCCAGAACCAAAAGACGGUUCAAUCCCACGGUGGAUACCUCGGGGCCAAGGACAUCUUGGAUCCCAUGGGUGCGAUGUCCAUCACGCGCGCGCGCUCUUCCACCUGGCCAUCGGAGGCCAUUGAGGAGGAGAUUUCACGUGGUGCCACCAGCCUGGCGGAGAUACAACCUUGA